CUGGCUUCUAGCAGAGCCGUUGGACGGUGGUUGAUGGGGGAAACAACAACGAGCUAAGCAUCAUGAGGGUCCCUGAAACACUGAUUUGGGCCGCUAUUCUCGUCCAAAAGGUGGUGGGAGAAUAUGGCAUGGCCCAUUUCAGUGACAAGGGCAAGAGCAAAGGAAAGGAUUACUGCAUAUUCUUCAACUCACAGUGGGCACGUCUACCUCAGGACCUUAAUAAAGCAUCACGUCUCCAGAUCUAUGACCUGACAACAUCAGUCCUGUGCUCACCCUCUGAGGUCCCAGAGGGAGGCUUCCCAAACCGCAUCCCCAUGGUGAUGAGGGGCAACUGCACUUUCUAUGAAAAGGUCCGACUGGCCCAGAUUAAUGGUGCCAAGGGGCUGCUCAUUGUCAGCAAGGACAGACUUACACCACCAGCAGGAAACAAGACUCAGUAUGAGGAGAUUGACAUUCCUGUAGCUUUGCUCAGCUAUUCUGACAUGCUGGACAUAAGCAAGACUUUUGGUAAGGGACGACUGGUUGCCAUGUAUGCACCCAAUGAGCCUGUGUUGGACUACAACAUGGUGAUCAUCUUCUUGAUGGCAGUAGGAACGGUUGCCAUUGGAGGAUACUGGGCCGGUAGCAGAGACAGCAAGAAGCGUUACAUGAAGCACAAGCGGGACGACGGCGCAGAGAAGCAGGACGAGGAGACGGUAGACGUCACCCCCAUCAUGAUCUGCGUGUUCGUGGUCAUGUGCUGCAGCAUGCUGGUGCUACUCUACUUUUUCUAUGACCGCCUGGCCAUUUGGGUCAUCGCCAUCUUCUGUGUGGCCUCCUCUGUCGGCCUGUACAGCUGUCUGUGGCCUUUUGUCAGGAGACUUCCUUUCUGCAAGUGCAGGAUCCCAGAGAACAACCUGCCAUACUUGCACAAGCGGCCACAGAUCCGCAUGUUGCUGCUGUCAGCCUUCUGCAUCGGUGUCAGCAUCACCUGGAUGGUGUUUCGCAACGAAGACCAGUGGGCGUGGGCGUUACAGGACGCCCUGGGGAUCGCCUUCUGUCUCUACAUGCUCAAAACAGUCAGACUGCCCACAUUUAAGGCUUGCACUUUACUACUGACAGUCCUUUUUGUCUACGAUGUUUUCUUCGUAUUUAUUACACCCUUAUUUACAAAGAGUGGGGAAAGUAUAAUGGUGGAGGUAGCGGCUGGUCCCUCUGACUCCUCCACACAUGAAAAGCUUCCCAUGGUGCUCAAAGUGCCAAGGUUAAACUUCUCUCCCCUGGCUCUUUGUGACCGGCCCUUCUCCCUCCUGGGUUUUGGCGAUAUCUUAGUACCAGGGCUGCUGGUGGCAUACUGUCACAGGUUUGACAUUUUAACACAGUCCUCCAGGAUCUACUUUGUGGCCUGUACGAUCGCUUACGGCAUCGGCCUGCUGAUCACCUUCGUGGCCCUGGCCUUGAUGCAGAUGGGUCAGCCGGCCUUGCUCUACCUGGUGCCUUGCACUCUGCUCACCAGCCUCACUGUAGCGCUGUGGCGCAGGGAGUUGCCCCAGUUCUGGACUGGAAGUGGAUUUGUGCCUGCCAUAGCACUCGCACCGAUAAACUGUACACAAACGGCAGCACCACAGACAGAGGGGCCCUCUACUAAACCAGAGCCACAAACCUCAGAAGCCACCACUCAGAGCGAAGGCUUGCCCCAGCACCCGCCUCAGGAAAUGCCCCCGGCUGAGAGAGAUGAAGACAAAGACAAAUCUAACUGAAAGGACUUCUAGUAUGGUAUAUUCCAUUUCACUUCAUGUUUUAUUUCUUGUUGAGUUUUUUUCUACAUUGUGUCUCAGUCAAUGGACAUUUUAAAUACAGACAUUUAUUUGCACUUGGUGCGAAGGGAAGAGCAGAGGAAAUCUGCAUUUUCUGAAUGGCUGGCUCAGCGGGGACACAGGAUUGGACACAAGGUCGAGGCAUUGAAACUGACAAACACACCAAGUAUAAACCCAGCACAGAAGCCCCAACAACUUCCUCUAGUAACCUAUUGCACAGUCUGGACCAGUGGUGGAAAGUAACUAUGUAUUUUACUCAAGUAAGUACAGUUGUAAAGUAUUUGGACUUUACUUGAGUAUUUCCAUUUAUGCUACUUCAUAUUUCUACUCUACUACAUUUCAGAGACACUCCACUACACUCACCCCACUACAUUUAUUCCACUGGUACUUUUACUUAAGUAAAGGAUCAGAGUACUUCUUCCACCACUGGUCUGUGCCACUGUCCCUAUGUAAAGGGAGUGAAAAGCCAAAUCUGGAAGCUACUCAAGCUUUUGAACCUUAAAUACUACCCUGACACUCAGCUGAGGCUCCUAAAAACCUUAAAGGCACGGUCACACCAGCAUUUGAAAUGGCAAAAUUUUGCAGCAAGAACAAUUCAUGUCAAUGCAGAUGCUGUAGUCACUGCAGUCAUUCAGAGAGGUGAGGUUAAUCCUUGAUUAGUUUUUCAAACUUUGGGAACUUUAAUCAAAAUGUAUUAGUGAUGGAUUUAAUCUCUAAUCUAUAGUACUAUAAAAUGAGCCAUGAAAGAGGAAUAAUUUGUAAACAGUUAAUGUAGAGCUGCAACUAUUAGUGGAUCAAUAGAAAAUAAUAUAUAAAUAAUAUUGGAGCUUCUCAAUUUUGAGGAUUGUAAGCUUUACUGUCAUGACCCGUAAAGGCAUCAUCUUGGUCUUUAAGAACUUACGACAGGCACUUUUCACAAUUUUCUGACAUUUCCGAGACAAACUGAUCAAUCGAGAACUGGCAAUCGGAAAAUCGGCAGAGAGCAGAUAAAUUCGAAUGACUGGUGCUAGCAUGUUUUGGGCUGGUUGGCACGUUAACAGUUAGCUCACUAGCUACAGAAGUUCCAACUAGCCCUGCCAGUCGUCACAAUGUCACCAAGCCCCUAGAACCAGAUAUUUCACUGUUCCACUUUUCCUGAGUGACCAGGCCUUAAAGGUCUCACUAUGCUUACAAUGUGUUUGUAUGAGAUGUGUUCACUGAGCAUGUCUAAAGGCAAAGUGUCUAAAGCUGUUACAGCUGCCCUUGAAGCGAUGAGUUCUACAAAGGCAUUUGUGGUAUGUCUACAUGGAUGCACAUUACAGGAACACUACACAGCUGGCCAAUCGCUGUCUGAAGCCAGCGUGAUUCAGAUUGUCUCGGAAAAGUUAGAUUUGAGGGGGCUGCUUCCAACGAUUUUUCUGAGGGCUGGAGAAUUUGGGUAAAGAAACUUUCAAGCACUUCGUCUGAAUCAUACUUGGACCCUUCAUCUCAAAAGCACACAGAUACACACUGCAUAAGAAGCCAUUUUAGCUGUCUUUAUCCCUCCAAUACAUUAUAAAGUAAUCCAGUGUCAGAAUAUAAAGUACAACAGUGAUGGCUGAAGAGUGUCAUAACCUUUAAAAUGUGGUGCUAUCAUGGUUGUUGACUGAGCCAAAGCUAUUAGAUUUUUGUUUUUUUAACUGAAGCAUUUGUUGAUGUUUCCUCAUCUUAUUUUUGGUAUAUUUUGUUUUGCAUGCAAUAAUUUCAAUUUUUCCCUUUUUAUAUAAAAUGUAGUGUAUAAUCUAUAGUGUAGACUUUGUAUACAUUAUUGGUGGUGCGACACUUUAAAAAACAUGGGCCACCAGUUUUGUUCCCCAAGUAGUUAUUCAUUUUGUCUUAAGAACUGGUUUUGGCCUUUUGGUGUCCAUGUUGGGAGGUGCAGUAGAAUUUGUCACAUGUAAAAGCUUAUGAAAAACACAAGCACUGUGUUUUUGUCAGAUUCUACAGUUUAAUGUGUGAACUGAGGAGCGAGUGAUGGGUUACCAAUGUUCCUCGGUUAGUUUAUAUGAAGCAUUUGCACAAUAUUUUUUAAUUCAUGUGCUAACAGAAGUUGUUGGUUCAUGUCUGUAUAUGUUCAUGUAUAUUCAUAAUGGUUUAAAGAAACGGAAGCCAAGGUGUCAGUAUAUCCUGAAGGAGCCAUCUUAAACUCCAGAGCCCAGCAGUCACUUCACUCUGUACACUGUAUUACAGAUAUAUUUCUGAUUCUCAUUCAUUUCUGACGCCUGUUAACCGAGACCUGUUUAAAAGCCGAGGGUUAAAAGGUAAAAAUAACUUGGUCAGAGGUCAAACGACAGCAGCUUGGUUGUCUGGAUGUGUGCCCUCGCUGAUUCAAUAGAGCAGUGUUUUCCAGGACAUGAGAUUAUUCAUUCACCAGUAUAGUUUGUUGUCACCAAGUGGUUUUUAAUGCCUCUGUUGAGGAAUACAUAUAAUAAACAAACAUUGUAUUUGA